AUGCCAGACCGCAGCCCGUCGCAUAGUUCCAGCGAUGGAAGCUCCCCGGAGCCAAUUCUUAGUCGCGAUCGACCCAAGGAGCGCGAAAGACCCCGAGAGAAUGACAGAGAAAAGGACCGCGACAGGGAUCGUGACAGGCCGUUGAAUGAGGGGAAAGAUAACCGUGAGAAUGCGAGAGACAGCUAUUUCGACAUCGGAAGAGACAAGGAACGAGAUCUAGACAGAGAUCGAGACAGGGAUCGUAACAGAUCACCACCUGAGCCGAGAGAUAAUCGCGACAAUGGAAGAGAAAGAGAGAAAGACCGGGACCGUGACCGGUCGCCAUACGAUAUGAGAGAUAAUCGCGCCAAUGGGAGAGACAAGGAGAAAGACAGGGACCGAGAUGGAAACCGAGACCGCGACAGGUCACCAUAUGAUUCGAGAGAAAAUCGCGACACUGGCAGAGACAAGGAGAAAGAUAGAGACCGCGAUCGCGACAGCUCAUUCGACGACCUGAAAGAUCACCGAGACAAUGGGAAAGACAGAGAUUACAACAACGGGAGAGACAAAGACCGCGAUAACGGUCGAGGUGCUGAUCGCGAUGUCGACCGCGAUAUUGAUCGCGACCGAGACAGAGAGAAGGAUAGGGAUAGGGACAGGGACCGAGAUCGCGACAGGUCCCUGGAUGAUAUCAGAGACUCUCGCGACAGCGGAAGAGACAGAGAGAAAGAUAGAGACCGGGAUCAUGAUAGGUCACUAGACGAUGUAAGAGACCAUCGCGACAAUGGACGAGACAGAGAUUUCGACAAUGCAAGAGACAGAGAUCACACCACCAGUCGCGACAGAGACAGACUCAAAGAUCGAGAUGUCGAUAGAGACAGGCGCCGCGACAGCCGUAUACCCCCACGUGUGGCACGAGAACCCCGCGAGCAUCCUCCCCCGCCUAGCAAGCGAAACAGCAUCACCGGCCGCCUCCUUGGGUCCUUGAGGGCUGUGCGCGGCGACAAGGACAAAGAUAAAGAGAUACCCAUACCAGCUGUAGCCUCUUCAAUCCAGCGACGCGCCUCUACCGCUGUUACCAAAGGUGGUCCAGUUCUUCGUAUCCGCGAGUGGCUUGAUGCGUGUAACGGUGAUCACGAACACCACUGCGCCGUCCCUUCAAAAGUUGAUAUAACGACAUGGCGUCCUACUUGGCUCAUCGACGUUGUUGAGCGCUGUCUGGUCAAAUCGACACCUAAGGACCGUUACCUGGCACUGAGUUAUGUCAAUGGAACCCAACGGCAUGGAUCACAGGAUUACACGCAUCUGCUGCAGUCCAACGUGGAAGCGUUUCAAGAUCGCUUACCAAAUCAAGAUAUGCCUCAGACUUACUUAGACGCCAUGUGGCUUGCCAAGAAACUAGGCAUUCGACAUAUUUGGAUCGAUCGGAUCUGCAUCACUCAAGAUAACCGGGAGGAGAUGGAAGAUCAUGUCAAACACAUGGCAUAUGUAUUCUCCAAUGCGUAUCUUACUAUCGUUGCGACCACUGGCGAUGUUCACACUGGACUACCUUCUCUUGAUCCAAAGCGAUCGACACGCGGUAUUCGAACCACCAGCCGUACUCACCAGGAGCUGGUGGCAGCUUCGCCAUGGUACACCAGAGGCUGGACUCUCGUUGAGCGCAUCUACGCUCGACGCUCGGUCUUCUUCUUUGAGGACGCCGUGACCUGGGAAUGCCACUGCGAGACUUGGCAGGGAAGCCCGAACAGUGUCAUGAAGAAGCUUAGAGGUGGUCGCCAAGACUGUACCGGUGUAAUUCCUGACGCCUCGUUCGCCUUUCAGCACCCGCCGUGGCCUGACCUUGACGAAUAUGCCCGCUAUGUCAUGGAAUACAGUGCCCGGAAACUCACACUUGUCGACGACACUCUGCCCGCCUUUGCUGGAAUUACACAUGUUCUCUCUCGCUCGUUCUCCGGCGGCUUUAUCUACGGCAUGCCUAUAAUGUUCUUGGAUAUUGCUCUACUGUGGCGCCCUCACGCUUCCAUCCGAAGGAGAGCUCUCUCAAGGCCACCGUUUCUCCCAUCGUGGUCUUGGAUGGGUUGGUGGUUUGAUAACAUCCCAGUCGAUCUCACCCUGUGGAGAGCCUCUGCAGAUUACGUCGAAGAGGCUCGGACUGGGAAGCGCGGCCAAGAAACUAAGCGGUACCGAUCCGCACACGCGUUCCGCAUUAAGCCGAUCAUCACCUGGAACUUGACGGACCGGGCCGCGGCCGUGCCCGUCAUGAACACCGGUCUUCAGUACCGUGAUCUUCGGGGUCGGCGGAGCCCUAACUCGGACCUACCUCCGGGAUGGUCCCGAAGCGGCUCACACUUUAUACACGAUAGUGAUGAAUCCGCAACCUUCAAGUAUCCUAUUCCUGUAGAGGAUCCUCCUGAGAAAGGCGGUUACGAGCCACCUGUGGGCGAGCAAGCCUAUCCUGGCCCACUACUCUCAUUCCGCACAACAAGCGGUUUCUUCGAAGUAGAGUUCCUGACCACACUGGCACACCGCGAACGCACCAACCCACCUCUCGCCGUCGGCACCAUCUGGAACAAGGCCAACCGCUGGGCUGGACAGUUCCGCGCCCACGACGCCUGGCUCGGCAUCCAAUCGUCCAACUACGACGGCGAAGAACGACUAGAGUUUAUCGCCAUAUCAACAGCCACGGAGCGUCGCGGCUCGCACGUGUUCGACACGGAGAAAUUCGAAGAGCACAUGGACGCCGACGACAUGAUCGACUUUGUCAACGUCCUAUGGAUCGAGCGCAUCGGGGGUAUUGCGUACCGCAGGGGUGUUGGCCAGAUCUUGCUCAAGACGUGGGAGGCGCAGGCCAAGGACGAGGUUAGUAUUCUACUCGGUUAG